AUGGGGAAAGAAAGUACCCUUUCCUCUCCUGUCAGCAUUAGCUUGCUCUGCACGCAGCUUCUCUAUUUCACGAGCCAUCCCGAUAAGAAUCAACCUGUUUAUUCUCUGCCUUCAGCCUGCUCACAUCCUUGCUCAAACCCUGCACCUUCGACCCCAGCUCUUGCCUUUCCAACCCAAGCUUCUGGACCUCAGCCCUCAUCUGGGCCACCUCAGCCCUCAGGGGCUCAGAGGCCCGAACCUCGGCCUCAACCUUCAGCCCACGCUCCACCAGCUCCCUCUUUUGGGCCUCCAUCUCGGCCCGUAGCUUGGGCAUCACGGCCCGGCCCAAACGGUGGAUCUCAUCCUUCACAGCUGUCAGGUCUCUCUGCAGCAUCACGUUCUCGUCCACUACACGUCGGUUUUCUGCUAACAGUCGCUGGAUAUCUCGGUACUGGAGCUCGAGUUCUUCUUCCAGGGCCGCUGGGUGGGCCCGGAGAACGGGCCCAUGGCGCGGGCCCGCGUGGAAAUCCUCCCGGAAAGUGUCCGGGUGGCGGGGCAUCCGAUGAUUUCUCCCGGCCAUCAUAUGACAUGGGCAUGCACGAGAAUCGUGUAAAAAGCUUGUUGAGAAAAAUGGCAACUAGACCUUCCCAAUUCUCAAUGGCCCAGCACAGCAAAAUUGAAAACCAAGCAAAUUUCGCUACUCAAAGAUUUGCAACGAGAGACGGCGAAGAAAAUGAUAAAAACGAAAGCGAUCGCCCGUUUGAUCGUUUCAAGUUAUGGGCCAAAUUUUGA